AUGCACCUUACCUGUGUAGUCCUGGUGGUGGGUAUUCUCGUCGCAAGCUGCAUGGACUUGGUCAACGCCAAAUACAUCAGCCCAAUUUACGCUGCAUCAGACACCGAGUCCUUUGACUCGAACACCAAACUUCGGCGUUCCAGAGGGAGCCCUCAACCGGAAGACGAAGAAAGAGCGAUCGCACCCCCGAAUCCUCCGCAUAUCGUGGAAGCAAUCAACUCGCGACCUGCUACGAAUGUGGUGAACGUGGCAGACGGUCACCCGCUACCAAAGUGGGCGAAGGCUCUAGUUGUUCUCGUCGGCCUCGGAAUUGUGUCGGGCUCCGUUUUCGGCUCAAUCAAGUUAUUCGGGAUGUAA